GUUCUCGCGUCUUUUCCCGCCCGCUGCGGGCCUCUCUGGCCGGUGAUUUGCCCGGGCGCUUCCGUGCGCUCGGCCAACGGCCUCUGACAGCGCCCACCCGAGAGCCCCGGGAGCCGGCGGGCGGCGGUCCUCGCCAGGGACCUUCAGCGGGCCCAGGGGGACAAAAGUGGCUCUAGAUCCAGCACAUGUAUAUUGAAGCAAGUUAAAGGAUUUAAUAUGAAGCACAGAAACAGAUAAUGCCAAAAAGCAAGCAGUAGUUGGUACACUUUUCUGGAAAAGCAGUUUCCGUGUUGUUAUGUACACCUACAAAAAAAUUCAGAUCUGUAGGGGAAUUGUUGUGUAAAGUAAACUGAACUACAGGGAGGCAGUAUUUUAAUAGCUAUUAUAAACGUGUAUUUACUGUAUUAAAAAAUGAGUAAAAGAACAAGCAAUGACACAUCACUAGGAAGAGUGAGUGGGGCAGCAUUUCCUUCUCCCAGUGCUGCUGAGAUGGCGGAAAUUAGUCGAAUUCAAUAUGAAAUGGAAUACACCGAAGGUAUUAGUCAGCGGAUGAGGGUCCCGGAAAAACUAAAGGUAGCACCACCAAAUGCUGACCUGGAACAAGGAUUCCAAGAAGGAGUUUCAAAUGCUAGUGUGAUUAUGCAGGUUCCAGAGAGAAUUGUUGUAGCAGGAAAUAAUGAAGACAUUCCAUUUUCAAGACCAGCAGAUCUUGACCUUAUACAGUCAACUCCCUUCAAACCUCUGGCACUAAAAACACCACCUCGUGUACUUACACUAAGUGAAAGACCACUAGAUUUUCUGGAUUUAGAAAAACCUCCUCCAACCCCUCAAAAUGAAGAAAUCCGUGCAGUUGGCAGGCUAAAAAGAGAGCGCUCUAUGAGUGAAAAUGCUGUUCGCCAAAAUGGACAGCUGGUCAGGACUGACUCCAUGUGGCACAGAUCAGAUUCUGCCCCAAGAAAUAUAAUUUCAAGGUUCCAGGCACCGAUUUCUGCACCGGAGUACACUGUGACGCCAUCGCCACAACAGGUUCGGGUUUGUCCUCCCCGUGCGCUGCCUGACGAUGGAGCUAAUCCUUCCUCCGCUCGUGGCAUUUUGUCGCUCAUCCAGUCUUCCACUCGUAGGGCUUGCCAGCAGAUCCUGGAGGUGCUGGAUGAAAGCCGCAGACCUGUGUUGCGUGGUGGGUCUGCUGCCGCCCCCUCUAACCCUCAUCAUGACAACGCCAGAGGCCGCUGCAAGGGUUCUGCUAGUGUUGGAGGGUCUCCUGCAGAGGCGGGGGGCAGCUGUGGCUCACCAAGAGACAAGGACACUGGCAGCAGAAGUUCUGGGAAGCACUCCUUGGCGUAUGGUAUUUCAAAUAUAGAUACAACGAUUGAAGGAACCUCAGAUGACAUGACUGUUGUAGAUGCAGCUUCAUUAAGACGACAGAUAAUCAAACUAAAUAGACGUCUACAACUUCUGGAAGAGGAGAACAAAGAACGUGCUAAAAGAGAAAUGGUCAUGUAUUCAAUUACUGUAGCAUUCUGGCUGCUUAAUAGCUGGCUCUGGUUUCGCCGCUAGAGGUAACCUCAACUCUCAAAAAUAUUGUCUCAACAGCUGGAAAUAUAAAGAAUUUGCAAACUUCUUUAUUUCUGUCUUUGCAUUGUAUGCCGUUUUACAGUCCCCACCCUGAAAACGUAUUUCUCCCAGAAAGGAUGGGGGAAGGACUUAUAUUUGCAGAAGUAAAGGUAUAUCCUGUCACUGGACUGUAUUUAGUUUUAACCAGUUCUGCCCUAACACCUAUUUAAAAUUCUCCCUUUGCAUGUUUUGUAAAUAGGAUCUAGUUUGUUUGUUGUUUUGUCUUGUUUUGUUUUGUUUUUGCCUCAUCGAUCUGCACAGCUAAUUCUAUGAAUGGGAGAGAAAAAAGUUGUACAGAAAAUGGAUUUAGAGAAGUGUCUGCAAAGGAAAAAUAAUACUUUAUAUUGUCCUGUUUCUCAAACACUGUUAGAUUAAACAGUUUAGUUAAUAGACAUUUUUGCAUCCACAUUUCAACAUUCACACUACUGAAGUCAUGGUCUGGUGUCAGAUUUAAUAAACUCAAGUCACCUCAUGUUUCAGGAUCACCUUCAACAAAAUAAUUCCUAACAUUUUCAGCAGUUUAAGAUGUGGGCAAAAUGUGCAUUUUUAUUUUUAUUUUAGUUUUGCAGAUGGUUUUCUAUAAAGUACAUUUUUACGAAGUCCAUGUGUGAGUGAUUUAAAAAACUACAGAAUAAGGUACAAAUGUAGUGUAUUUAAUAAACUGUCAACCAAAGCUAUAUUUGU